CCAAUAAAACCUCACAAGAAGAAGAAGGAGGAGGAGGAAGAGGAGGAAGAGGAAGAGGAGGUCACUUCUCUGUCUCCUCCUCCUCUUCUCACUGUGGUCCAUGUUCCACUCGACGGAGGGACAAACUUGUAAAUUGGUGGAUUUUCCGGAUUCCAAACUGUCUCUUCCUCAGCGAGCUACAAGAUCCACAAACAGAAUGACCUUCACAUGUGACCAGUGUGGAAAGGAGUGGGCAAAAGCUUCCAAACUAAAAGAACACUACAGAACUCACACAGGAGAAAGACCAUACAGCUGUGACCAGUGUGAGAAGGUAUUUAAACACUCUGGUGAUCUCCAUCGACAUAGGAGAAUCCACACAGGGGAAAGACCAUACAGAUGUGAUGUUUGUGAAAAGACAUUUUCACAGUCACGCAGCCUAGAAGCACAUAAGAAAAUCCACAUAGGAGAGAAACCAUACAGCUGUGGUGUUUGUGAGAAGACAUUUUCACGGUCAGGCACUCUAGUAUCACAUAUGAGAAUCCACACAGGGGAAAGACCAUACAGCUGUGAUGUUUGUGAGAAGACGUUUUCACAGUUAAGCAACCUAAAAGCACAUAAGAAAAUCCACACUGGAGAGAAGCCGUAUGAGUGUGACGAAUGUGGGAAAGCUUUCCCUCUACAACCCUAUCUCAAUAGGCACAAGAGAACUCACUUCUGGCAGAUACUCUAUGAGUGUGACCAAUGUGAAAAGGCUUUUAAAACAUCCCAGGAACUCUCCAGUCACCACCAAAUGCACACAGGAAAAGCAUACAACUGUGAUGUUUGUGAGAAGACAUUUUCACAGUCAAGCAGCCUAAAAGCACAUAAGGGAAUCCACAUUGGAGAGAAGCCGUACCAGUGUGAUGAGUGUGGGAAAGCUUUCUCUCAACAAUCCAGUUUCAAUAGACACAAGAGAACUCACUUCUGGCAGAUACUGUAUGAGUGUGACCAGUGUAAAAAGGCUUUUAGAACAUCCCAGGAACUCUCCAGUCACCACCGAAUGCACACAGGAGAAAAAACAGAUGACUGUGAAGAAAGAGGGGAAGCCUUUCAGUUGAAAAAUAAGGAGACACUAAAUGGACAUGGCUUUACUUCACACUUAUCACUGUGUAUAAUGUGCACUGAGAACUAUAAAACCAGUAGGUGGAGACAGGAUGCCACCUGCCAUAAAACUCUACAAGAAGAAGAAGAAGGAGGAGAAAGAGGAGGAGGUCACUUCUCUGUCUCCUCCUCCUCUUCUCACUGUGGUUCAUGUUCCACUAGGCGUGACGGACAAACCUGUGAAUUGGUGGAUUUUUCGGAUUCCAAACUGUCUUUUCCUCAGCGAGCUACAAGAUCCACCAACACAAUGGCCUUCACAUGUGACCAGUGUGGAAAGGGGUGGGCAAAAGCUUCCAUACUGAAAAAACACUACAGAACUCACACAGGAGAAAGACCAUACAGCUGUGACCAGUGUGAGAAGGGAUUUAAACACUCUGGUGCACUCAUUGACCAUAUGAGAGUCCACACAGGAGAAAAACCAUACAGCUGUGAUGUUUGUGAGAAGACAUUUUCACGGUCAAGCACUCUAGUAAGACACAUGAGAAUCCACACAGGAGAGAAGCCAUUUAAAUGUGAACAGUGUGGGAAGGAAUUUAGACAGUCUCGCGAUCUCCAUCGACAUAUGAGAAUCCACACAGGAGAAAAAUCAUACAGAUGUGAUGUUUGUGAGAAGACAUUUGCAUGGUCAAGCAACCUAGAAGCACAUAUGAGAAUCCACACUGGAGAGAAACCAUACAGCUGUGACCAGUGUGGGAAGAAAUGUAUAGAGUCUGGUGACCUCAAACGACAUAUGAGAAUCCACACAGGGGAAAAACCAUACAGCUGUUUUGUUUGUGAGAAGGCGUUUACACAGUCAAGCCACCUACAAGCACAUAUGAGAAUCCACACUGGAGAGAAACCAUUUAAAUGUGAACAUUGUGAGAAGGAAUUUAGAGAGUCUCGUGAUCUCCAUCAACAUAGGAGAAUCCACACAGGGGAAAAACCAUACAGAUGUGUUGUUUGUGAGAAGGCAUUUUCACAGUCAAGCAACCUAAAAAAACAUAUGAGAGUCCACACUGGAGAGAAACCAUACGAGUGUGAUGAGUGUGGGAAAGAAUUCUCACAACCAUCCCAUCUCAAUAAACACAAAAGAACUCACUUCUGGCAGAUACUAUAUGAGUGUGACCAGUGUGAAAAGGCUUUUAAAACGUCCGAGGAACUCUCCAGUCACCACCGAACACACACAGGUGACAAACCAGACGACUGUAAAGAAAGAGGGGAAGGGUUUCAGGUCUAUGAGGAACUGUCUGAAACAUGUCCAAAUCUUACAGAUUCUACAAACCUCACAAGAAGAAGAAGAAGGAGGCGGAAGAGGAGGUCACUUCUCUGUCUCCUCCUCUUCUCACUGUGGUUCAUCCUCCACUCGGUGGGGGGACAAACUUGUAAAUUGGUGGAUUUUUCGGAUUCCAAACUGUCUCUUCCUCAGCGAGCUACAAGAUCCAUCAACAGAAUGGCCUUCACAUGUGACCAGUGUGGAAAGGAGUGGACAAAAGCUUCCAAACUAAAAGAACACUACAGAACUCACACAGGAGAAAGACCAUACAGCUGUGACCAGUGUGAGAAGACAUUUUCCCGGUCAGGCCAUCUAGAAGAACAUAUGAGAAUCCACUCAGGGGAAAGACCAUACAGUUGUGAUGUUUGUGAGAAGACAUUCACACGGUCAAGCAACCUAGAAGUACAUAUGAGAGUCCACAUAGGGGAAAGACCAUACAGCUGUGACGAGUGUGGGAAGGGAUUUAAACACUCUGGUGCGCUCAAUGUUCAUAUGAGAAUCCAUACAGGAGAGAAACCAUACAGCUGUGAUUUUUGUGAGAAGACAUUUUCACAGUCAGGCGCUCUAGUAUCACAUAUGAGAAUCCACACAGGAGAAAGACCAUACAGCUGUGAUAUUUGUGAGAAAACAUUUUCAUUGUCACACAAUCUAGAAACACAUAUGAGAGUCCACACAGGAGAAAGACCGUACAGCUGUGAACAGUGUGGGAAGGGAUUUAAAUACGCUGGUGCACUCAUUGAUCAUAUGAGAGUCCACACAGGAGAGAAACCAUACAGCUGUGAUGUUUGUGGGAAGACAUUUACACGAUCAAGCACUCUAGUAUCACAUAUGAGUAUCCACACAGGGGAAAAAUACAGCUGUGACCAGUGUGAGAAGACAUUUACACGGCCAGGCAGCCUACUAACACAUAUGAAAAUCCACACUGGAGAGAAGCCAUUUAAAUGUGAACAGUGUGGGAAGGAAUUUAGAAAGGCUUGUGAUGUCCAUCGACAUAGGAGAAUCCACACAGGGGAAAGACCAUACAGAUGUGAUGUUUGUGAGAAGACAUUUUCACUGUCAAGCAACCUAGAAAAACAUAUGAGAAUCCACACAGGAGAAAAACCAUACAGCUGUGACCAGUGUGGAAAGAAAUUUACAGAGUCUGGUGUCCUCAAACGACAUUUGAGAAUUCACACAGGAGAGAAACCAUACAGCUGUGACCAGUGUGGGAAGACAUUUUCACGGUCAGGCACUCUCGUAGCACAUAUGAAAAUCCACACUGGAGAAAAAUACAAAUGUGACCGGUGUGAGGAGACAUUUUCACUGUCAAGCAAGCUAGAAGAACAUAUGAGAGUCCACAAUGGAGAGAAGCCGUACAAGUGUGACGAGUGUGGGAAAGCUUUCUCUCAACAAUCCAGUUUCAAUAGACACAAAAGAACUCACUCCUGGCAGAUACGAUAUGAGUGUGAUCAGUGUGAAAAGGCUUUUAGAACAUCCCAGCAGCUCUUCAGUCACCACCAAAAGCACACGGGGGAAAAAAAACAUACAUGUGACCAAUGAAGGUAGAAAUUUAUAGACUCUGGUGACCUCAAAUUAUAUAUGAGAGUCCACACAGGAGAAAGACCAUACAGAUGUGAUGUUUGUGAGAAGACAUUAACACAGUCAAGCAACCUAGAAAAACAUAAGAGCCAUCCCAACCAUCCCAUCUCAAUAAACACAAGAGAACUCACUUCUGGCAGAUACUAUAUGAGUGUGACCAGUGUGAAAAGGCUUUGAGAACAUCCCAGGAACUCUCCAGUCACUACCAAAUGCGCACAGGAGACAAACCAGAGGACUGUGAAGAAAGAGGGGAAGACUUUCAGGUCUGUGAGGAACCGUCUGAAACAUGUCCAAAACUUACAGAUUGAAGAGAAAAGCUGCAGCUCCGACCAGUGUGGGAAGACUUUGAGACAGCCUGCUCAUCUGAAGGUGCACCCUCUUGAACACACUAAAGGACAAAGAGCUACUGAGGCUGGUAUUCUGUCAAAAUGAGCUCCCGCAGCCUAAACCAACACUGAUGUCUAUCCAUUCAUGCUGCCCUGUCGAAAUGAGCGAACUUACGUUUUUUCUGUUUAGACCCUGACCUCCCCAGUUUGCCAACAUAUUUUUUUGGAUUAGAGACGGCGGGUUUGAUGCUGUUUGCACACAGUGAUCAGACUUUAUACCUCAUUUAUGUCAAAUCUACUGCAAACUCAUUUAUCUGAAUCUGAGGAGUUAAUUUGGACAGUCGUAUUCUGCUCAAAUAUGGCUCUGACUAAAUGGAGCACAUAUCGACAGGACAAUUUAUCCAUCGAAUAAUGCUUCCACUGUAGAAUUACCAUUUUGUAAUAAUUUUGAUGGAUUUGGGCAGAGGAGCAAAUCUUGACUAAGGCUACAUUCAAACUGCAGCCUGAAGUGACCCAAUUUUUUUGGCCUCUAUGUGACCUGUAUCUUAUCUUUUAAUGACUGUCUGAACGACACAGAUCUGAGUUUUUCAAAUGUGACCCAGGCCACUUGGAUAUGUGCUCCUAAAACCGAUACAUAUCCGAUCUUUUGACAUGCGACUUCAGUCUGAACGGCCAAGGUGCAUUCAUCAGACCUACACAUUAUCAACAAGCGACAAACGUCACUAUUCUGCGCUGAAGUAGGUGGAAACUGUUAGAAAGCUACAACCAUGGCGGACGACGAAUGUAAAUGAAUUUUCAGGCUCUGAAGGCUCGGAGUCUAGCCAAUGGAGGGAAAGUCAGGGUAACGAGGUAGUUAAUAUUUGGGGGGAUCGAUGUGUUCAGGCCAAAUUGGAGGGGUCUUAUCGGAACCAGGCGUUUUUUGAAAUGAUAGCCAAAGGAAUGUACGAGCGCAGCUACAGUUGGUCCUGGCUCCAGUGUCAGCGGAAAAUUAAGAGCCUGCGAACCAAAUACAAGGAGGCUAAAGACUCAAAUGAAGCGGCCAUGGACGUGUAACCUGUCCGUUUUACGAAGAACUGGGCAGUGUUUUGGGAGACAAGCCCAGCGUUGAGCUGAUAGAAUUGCUGGAUGGCCGCAUUGUUGAAGAGGAACCCUGCCCCGAGAAGAGCCGAGGUCCCGCAGCUAGCCCAGCUAGCAGCUCUAACUGUGAUACAGGUGAUGAGACCCGUGCAUCAGUCUUUCCUGCUUUUGCCACUGAUGGAACUUCUACUCAAAGUGAAGAUAACAUCUGUAAAAAGCAGUGUAUCUGCAUCCAGUAACUCUACAUCUGCAAAGACCAGGAAAAGAAAAUCUAAAAUGGAGGCAACUCUGGAGGUCUUUGCCAACAAGAUCACCACGGCCUUCAAAAAUGAAGAGAACGACCUGUUGAAAUGCAAGCAGCUCAGCAUGAGCAUGAUCGCAAAAUGUACAUUAUGUUAUCACAGUUCAUGGAGAGAUCAAGACAUGGUCCACGGCCAACCCACUACCAGGUACCAAUGCAAUCCUCUGAGAUGUCCAACCCAAGACAUCCUCCUUCUCAACAGUCUUCACUGUUUCCUAUGGCUUCAGCUCCAUCUUCGACCCAGCCUCUGUCCUUUCUCCAAGAUUUAAGUCAGCCACUGCCCUUCAACAAUUGCCUAUACACAUCAGUCCUGCACUCAGCCUUUUUUUCCAAACACCUGCAAACACACGAGAUCAGAAUCUGCUCAUCCUCCGCCCUUUCAGCCUCAAGAUGAAGAUUAAAUGAAGAUGAAGAUGAAGAUUUAAAAAAAUUAAGUUCUGAACAGUUCAAUGCAAAGUUAUUUAAAUUAGUUUUAUUAUUUUUAGUUUUGCCAGCCUGCUUAAAUGGCAUAUGCACCUUGUUAAAAUAGUGUUACUGGUGGAAAAAUAUGUAUUGUGUCUUGUAUUUUAUAAUACCUGUGAAGCAAUUUUUGUAUUGGUGAAAACGUUGCCUUCCUGUUUAUGUUGCUUUUGUUUUGUUGUGUUAAAAUAUGUGGACAACUAUUGCCACACUAUUGUUUAAUAGAAAUGACAAAGAAUAGGCUUACCCUUUUUAUUUUAUAAAUUCUUAAAUGCAGCUGUGGUAACAAAGUAAACAAGUAAGUAAACAAACAACAAAAAUAGUAUUUUUAGUAGUAAACAGUAUCUUAAGAAUUUAACAAAUGUUUGGUCACUAACAUGAAUUGUAAUGAUACUUUAGUUGGUUCUUAGCAUUGGUUUGUGCUGAAUCACAGAAAAUCAAAAGCAGGAUGCCGAUUCACCAUGUUAGCUUCACAGCAACACGAGUGAGGGGCAGUUUUCUGGUCAGAGACUCAUGAGAGACUGAGCAGCACCAAUACCAGGGCCUCAACCUUGACCUUACAGAGCAUCAGACUAAACUGGCUCCUGAAGUCUCUUUCAGCAACUCGCUGCCCAUCUUUCACUGUUUUAUAUUAGGCAGUUUCAGCACCCCGCAGACCUGAUCCAGUGCUCCAUCUCUGAGCACUCCUCUGUCUGUGUGUCUUCAGUCCUCCCAUCACAUGCUCACUCGACUUUUUAAACGGGGGGGUAUAGACUAGGUGCAUGAGAAAACGCAAACUUCUGGAGUUUUGACUGGAACUUGAGUUAUUAGCAUCCAGUUUAUAUUUCAUGUGGCUGUUUUAGAGGGUAGAAGGAAGACUAAUGCUACGUCCACACGACAACGCUCCUGGAAGACUAUGUUUUCUCGUAUACAUAUGCCACAAAGUUCUUCCUGCACGGGGUUCUCUUCUGGUCACGUGCCGAUGACGGGGUCGCAACUUCGUUUUCCAAAAACUGUGGUUUGCUUGCCCACACGACAAUGUAACACCGGCGUUCUGAGAUUUCUCCACUGUGGAACACGUUUUCAAAAAACACCUUUUUCGCCCACCCGAAACGCCGGUGUGACAUAGUAUUUUGACCCCCAUAGUAUAUUGACAUAACGCUAGAGUAAAGAGACCCACCUAUAGGAUUUUGACUCCCCUUACUUUUUUUUUAGUAGUUACUUAUAUGAUCAUUAUUUCUCAUGUAAUUUACUUUUAUUAUAUAUUGCUACAUAUUCACUUUCUUUUAAGGAAUUUUAAGGAAUGUUUUGAUGGAUAACGACUUGGUAUUUGGUGUAAAUGUAAUGUAUUGUUAAAAAUUGCAUAUACAAAGCAAUUUGGCACUUUUUAUAUUGUAUUUUACAUUGUUAUGGUGUUUAGUUUGCUAUGUUCAGAUAAGCCUUAAUCAUAAUGUCAAUUUAGGCAAUAGUUUGUAAGUAUAACGACUUUGAAUUUAAUAAUGUUGAGUUAUUAGCCAUGUUGCUUCGAUCAUUAGUCUGUUGGGUUUGUGUUUGUCUUAUAUAAAUAACAACACACACAUAAAAGGACGUAUUUAUUCAACAGAUUUAAAACAUACACAUGUUCACACAUCACACAUUUGUUUUUUAUUUAUUUGUUUUUUUUAUUUGGACAUACAGACUCCCUGUUUUGUGUAUCAAAUCACUAACACCUACAGUAUAUGUACAUUACUCAUCAUGUUGUAGGCACGUAAAUAUUAACACACAUCUUCAUGUUACAUUUUCAUCUUAUGCAAUUGUCUUUAUCUAAGAGUUUACACAUAACUAUAAUAAACAUAUUUGGGGUUAAAUUACAAAAGCCAUCGGAUUUUGACCUUAUUUAAAUAUAAUUGAUCAUUGUCAAUAUUCAACUAACAUUACUUCUUACUUUACAUCAUAAUAACUAUAACAAAAGGUAAAAGGUAUCUUGAAAAUUACUGCUUCAUGACAUCACAAGUUGGAACGGAGCAUUUCCAUCUUUGGAGAUGUAGACAGAUUAAAAAUGGAGGAUUAGUCAAACGUGUGAAUGAAAUAAAACAACUCCAGGUGUGUUUUUGAUGAGGUAACAGCUUUACGACAUGACUAAAAGCUCAGUUUUGUGUAAUAUUGGACCUUUAUGUUUACAUUGGCAGUAUGGCUCUAUAACACCGUGGACAGGAGAAUUCUAACUAGACGAGAUAAGGCCUGAUCAAUGUCAUUAAUCCAUGCUAAUUGCUGGUGCCCCCGGUGUCCGCACCCCGCCGUUAUUGCUUUGCUGAUACAGUGUUUAGACUCGACUCGCUGGACACGAGAUAAAUGUCCAGUCAAUACAGAGAGUCAUACACAGCAGAGGUCAGACUACAGUAGAUCCAAUACAGAUGCUAGAGGAAAUAACAUGGACUUAGACAAGAAUACUAAAGGAUUUUAUAUAUAUAUAUAUUUUAAUGCUGUCACUUCAACAAAAACAUACUUGGAGUUGUGUUUUGUGUUUGAGUAAUCCUGCGUUUUUAGUCUGCCUACAUCUCCAAAGAUCAAAAUGCUUUGUUCCAGUUUCUGAUGUCGUCUAGUUUUUGAGUUAACAGCUCCUUUUACCUUUUGGUCAGUAGAAAAGGGCAAUGAUCCAAAUGAUUCUAGUGAAGGUGUGUGGAGUUUAAAAACACAGAGGAGAAAUUAGAUAUGCAGAAUUUCUGUGUUAAACCUGUGUGAAUGAAGCAAAAUAUAACUCCGGGUAUAGUUGUGAUGAGUAUACAACAGAAAACAGCGCAGUAUGGGCCCUUUAAAUUCCAUAAUCAUGACCUGAUCUGUUUCCAGAUAUGAGCUUGACGUGUUCAAAUCAAAUAUAGCUUUUAGUGAUAACAACUAUAAUAGCAAUUUAUAUUUCAUGACAAAAACAUUGGACAUGAUGGAAAAGUUGAUUCUCCAAUCAGAAAACAGAUUGAGUCUCACACGAGUCUCUCAUACGGGUUGCCAGAUUCAAAGCUGAAAUCCAGUUAUAAAUUAUAUUAUAUAAAUUAAAUUAUAAAUAUGAACAUUUAUUUAACAUUUAUUUACUUCAGUGUUGUAGUAGUAGUAUCACUGAAAGUAACAGUAGUUAUAUUGCAAGUGGUAAUUGUAAGUGGUAAUAUUGGAGCAUGUAUCAUUUGCUCAUUUUAAGGUUUUGCAUCUGUAUCACAAAAGCACGUGACCUGUUGUUUAUGCCGCUAUAUUGGAGGUCAAACUAUCUAUCUGGACCAAUGUGUAGUAUUUGUGUGCGAUAAAAUAAGAAAAACACACUGUGCGUUAUUCACUUUUGGUGGCACAGAAUCCCUGGCCAGGCCUAGUGCCUCCGCUCAUUUUCAUUUCUCUCCAGUGACUAGGUCAGGAAUACAGAAUACACUUUCAGAAUACACAAAAAAAAUUAAAAAAAUCUGGAAAUGCGAGUUCGGGCACCAGCCAGUCAGCAAAGAGACAUACAUUCUGUGUUGUCAACAAUUCCCAAGAUUGAGGAUUUAAAGCCGGAACAAAGAGAAUGUUUGGUGAAUUUUAUCAAGGAGAAAGAUGUUAAAUUUGUGAAAACCUUAAUAAACCAAUUAUCCCCAUUAGCGGUGCAUUACAUACGUCACGACCAAAUAGCGGCGAUUGGUAAAAUUUUUUAAAAAGUACCCAUCUACAAACAAGCAAACUAAUUCUAAUGCUGCGAGGUCAGACGGUUUCAACAAAGUGAAACCUGUUGAUGAAUCAGGCUAUGGAAUCCCCUCCCAGGUCCUCAGUUUUGCCGGCGGAAUUUCCCCCUGAAUUUUCACCCCCAGGGGUAGCUACAGUUCUGAUUUCUGGAUGUGAUGGCUUGGUGAUCAACAAAGAUCUCGAUAUCAAAUGAAUUAAGCAGUUAUAAAUAUCUAGAUAUUGGAGGUUGGGCACAGAACGAGCGUCGGAAUCAGGGAUCAAUUCCACAACCCACGAGGAUGACUUUAGCAUUAUCAGGGUAGCCUCGGGGUCUUAAGUCUUAAAAGGGUUUUACAUUUCAUGUUCCUAAAUUAAGGCCUUAAAAGUCUUAAAUUAUGUUGUUCAAGUCUUAUUUUUUUCCACAAAGGUCUUAAAUUUCUUUAGCCUAUUUUGUUGUAUACUCAACGAGGCUGCAGUGCGAUGUUAAACGGAGGGAGGGAAAAAACAAACAACGUGAAAUCAUGUAACAUGAAAGA